AUGAAUAAUAAAAUGAACAUGGUAUUUGAACCUGCCAAUUUAGAGCAAGCUUCACCAGCAACAGUAUCUCGUUGUGGUAUGAUUUAUGUGGAGCCAAAGCAGCUUGGUUGGAGGUCUUUUUGGUUAUCGUAUAAACAAGCUCUUUGUUCUAAAAUUUUACCAGACCAACAAAUUAUGAUGGAUGACUUAAUCGAAUGGAUGGUACCAGCUGUAUUUGAUUUUAUACAAAGACAUUGUAGUUUGUUUUUAGAUACUUCUGAAAAUCAUAUGUUUAACUCCUUUACAAGGUUAAUAGAAUGUAUGAUUAAAGAAGAAACCGGAGUUGGAUUCGCAACCAUAGUGUUGGGAUGUAUAAUAAUUUUCAGUUUGAUCUGGAGUUUUGGUUCUUUAAUAAAAGGCGAUAGCCGAAAUAAAUUUGAUGCAUUUUUAAGGAAACUUCUUCUUGGAAAUAUUGACGAAUAUCAGAAACCAGCUACAUUUAGGUUAACAAAAACAAACCUCUUUCCAGAUUUGGGCACGGUUUAUGACUAUGUGUAUGAUUAUAAAAAUAAUGGCUCUUGGGUCUUAUGGUCUGAAAAAUUGGAAUUUAAAAUGAUAUCACCAGAUGCUAGAAUAAAUGACUUAAUCAUUGAAACGGAUGAAACAGCAAAGCAAAAUUUCUUUCUUAAAAUGUUAUUAAAAAAUGAAAUUCCUUUACUGAUUGUUGGUCCCACUGGUACUGGAAAGUCAGCUAUUGUAUUGGACUAUUUAAUAAAUUUGCCAAAAGAAAAUUUUUUAGCUAAUAUUCUAAACUUCUCAGCGCGGACAGCAGCUAACACUGUACAAGACAUUAUAAUUUCUAAAUUAGAAAAGCGAAGAAAAGGAGUUUUUGGACCAUCUGUUGGGAAAAAAUGUAUGUUAUUUGUAGAUGAUUUAAGUAUGCCUUUACCAGAAAAAUAUGGUGCUCAACCUCCAAUAGAAUUGUUAAGACAAUGGAUUGAUCAUGGUCAUUGGUAUGAUCUUCAAACUAAGUCAAGAAUAGAUAUACACGACAUGUUAUUUAUUGGUGUACUUCAACCUCCUGGUGGUGGUUCAAACCAAGUUACUACUCGUUUCACUAGACAUAUGAAUGCUAUUGGUAUUGAUUCAUUCAGUCAAGAAACUAUGUCUAAAAUUUUUUCUCAAAUUAUAAAAUGGCAUUUUAAUAAAGGAUUUUCCGAAACUAUCGCAUUACAAGGAAUUAAUGUUGUAGAAGCCAUAUUGUUUGUGUAUAAAGAAGCAGUCACUACAUUUUUACCAACUCCUGCUAAAUCUCAUUAUACUUUCAACCUUCGAGAUUUUACAAGAGUUAUAAAAGGAAUAUUAUUAUUACCAGCAUCGCGGUGUAAAACCGUUGAAAAACUGUUCCGUCUAUGGGUCCACGAGACAUGGCGUGUAUUCGGUGAUAGAUUAGUUCAUGACGACGACCGUAAUGCAUUAUUUGAAAUAAUGAAAACAGCAUCUUAUAAUUGUUUGAGACAAACAAUGGACGUUUAUCUUAGUGAUUUAAUGCCAACUGAAGAGAGUUUUUUAAAUUCUGAUCAUUUACGAAAUCUUUUUUAUGGAAACUACAUGGAUCCAGAUAGUGAUCAUAAAAUUUAUGAUGAAGUUCACAGUGAGAAACAAUUGAUCAAACGAAUGGAAUAUUAUUUGAACGAAUACAAUACUAUGUCUAAAAGUCCAUUGUCAAUGGUUAUGUUUAAGUUUGCCAUUGAACACGUGUCUCGUGUAAGUAGAGUCUUACAACAAGACAAUGGUCAUGUGUUAUUAGUUGGAAUAGGUGGCAGUGGAAGGCAAUCAGCUACAAAGUUGGCUACAUUUAUAGCCGAUUAUAAAAUAUUUCAAGUUGAAAUAGGAAGGAAUUAUGGUAAAAAUGAAUGGAAUGAAGAUAUGAAAAAAAUAUUAAGAUAUGCUGGGUGUGAAGGAAAUCCUAUAGCAUUUUUUUUAUCCGACAAUCAAAUAGCAGAAGAAAGCUUUGUAGAAGAUAUAAAUAUGUUACUUAAUACUGGAGAUAUACCAAAUCUUUAUCAAUCUGAUGAGCGAGUUGAUAUUUUAGAUAAAAUAUCCAAUAUUGCUCAAAAUCUGGAAAAAAACAUUGAAACAACACCUCUCGCUUUAUACAAUUUUUUUAUAGAAAGAGUCAAAGAAAACCUUCAUCUUACUUUAGCUAUGUCACCAAUUGGAGAUGUAUUUAGAAACCGCUUGAGAAUGUUUCCUUCACUCAUAAACUGUUGUACAAUUGACUGGUUUACAGUUUGGCCUGAAGAUGCUCUUGAGAAAGUUGCAGAAUAUUAUUUAAAAGAUAUGUCUAUUAACAGUGAUAUUGCAUCAUCUUGUGUKGUAAUUUGUAAGGAAUUUCAUACAAAAGCUAGAGAUGCUUCUGCCAAGUUUUAUUCAGCAUUAAAGAGGCAUAACUAUGUUACCCCAACGUCCUAUUUAGAGUUAAUUAAAAUGUUUCAAAAUUUACACAAGAAGAGGGUGGAUCAAAUCACAACAUUGCGUAGUAGAUAUGAAACCGGUUUAGAAAAAUUAGACUUUGCUGCUGGCCAAGUAUCUAUUAUGCAAGAUCAACUUACAGCUUUAAAACCAAAACUCGUAGAAACAUCUCUGGAAACAAAAGCUCUUUUGGUUAAAAUUGCUCAAGACACUGUAAAAGUUGAAGCCAAAAAAGAAUUAGUGGGUGCCGAUGAAGCCGUUGCUAAUGAGGCUGCUGCAGCAUCACAGGCUAUUAAAGAUGAGUGUGAAACUGAUUUAGCUGAAGCCAUACCAGCCCUCGAAUCYGCAGUUUCAGCUCUAAAUACUCUUAAACCUGCUGAUAUUACCUUAGUAAAAUCUAUGAAAAAUCCACCGCAUGGUGUAAAAUUAGUCUUGGAGGCAGUUUGUGUUAUGAAAGGCAUAMAAUCUGAACGUAAACCAGAUCCCAAGGGCUCUGGGAAAAUGAUUGAAGAUUAUUGGGGACCUUCUCAAAAACUUAUUUCAGAUACUAAAUUUUUAGAAAGUUUGAAAACAUAUGACAAAGAUAAUAUAGAUCCAGAAAUCAUGAAACAUAUAAGAGAAAAAUAUAUUAAUGAUCCAGCCUUCGAUCCAAUUACUAUCAGAUCAGUUUCUAAUGCGUGUGAAGGCCUUUGUAAAUGGAUACGAGCCUUGGAUGUUUAUGAUAAAGUAAUAAAAGUUGUUGGACCUAAACAAGAUAAACUUCAUCAAGCGGAAUCGGAUUAUAACGCUCAAAUAGAAAAACUUAACGAAAAAAGAGCUGAACUUGCUGAGGUAUUGGGCAAGCUUCAAACAUUACAAGAUGAACUUGCGAAAAAAACAGCUGAGCAAACAGAAUUAGAAGAUAAUAUUGAACUAUGUGCCAAAAAAUUGAUCCGAGCUGAACAAUUAAUUAGUGGACUUAGCGGAGAAAAAUAUAGAUGGAGCCAAACUGCCUUGGAGUUACAAUCAACUCUGGAUAACGCGAUCGGUGAUGUAUUGUUAUCUGCAGGUGUUGUGGCUUACCUUGGGGCGUUUACUGUUGACUUUAGAAAUGUACUUAUUGAUGAAUGGAACCAAAUGUGUUUGAAAACAAAUAUUCCUUGUUCAAAACAGUUUUCGUUAAUACACACAUUAGGAGAACCAGUAUUAAUUCGGGAGUGGAAUAUAUUUGGGCUUCCAGCUGAUAAUUUUUCAAUUGAAAAUGGAAUUAUUGUAUUCAGUAGUACGAGAUGGCCUCUAAUGAUUGAUCCUCAAGGCCAAGCAAAUAAAUGGAUAAAAGCUUUGGAAAAUACAAACAAUCUUUCUAUUAUAAAACUGACAAAUUCAAAUUAUAUGAUUUCGAUACAAUUAGCCAUUGAACAUGGUUUGCCAGUUCUUUUAGAAAAUGUACAAGAAGAUAUAGAUGCUACACUUGACCAAGUACUAACGAAAAAUAUCUAUAAGCAAGGUGGAAUUGAAUACUUAAAGUUUGGUGAUAAUAUGUUGGAAUAUAAUCCCUCGUUUCGRUUUUACAUCACAACACGACUUCGAAAUCCUCAUUAUUUGCCAGAAAUUUCUGUUAAAGUAACACUAUUAAACUUUAUGAUUACGCCACAAGGGCUUCAAGAUCAAUUGCUGGGAAUUGUUGUUGCAAAAGAACGACCUCAGUUGGAAGAAAAAAAAAAUGAAUUAAUAGUCGAAAGUGCUAAUAAUAAAAAAUUACUAAAGGAAAUUGAAGACAAGAUAUUAUACAUUCUAUCGUCGUCYGAAGGAAAUAUUCUGGAGGAUGAAUCAGCAAUAAAAGUUUUAUCUUCGUCAAAAACACUAUCAGUAGAAAUUCAAUUAAAACAAGAAAUGUCUAUUAUAACUGAAAAAGAAAUUGAUGUAGCCCGUAACGUUUACAUUCCUGUGUCUAAACACUCUUCAGUUUUAUUUUUCUGUAUCACUGAUCUAAAUAAUAUCGAUCCAAUGUACCAAUAUUCAUUAUCAUGGUUYAUAAACCUAUAUUAUCAAUCUAUUGCGCAAAGUGAAAAAUCAAACGACAUUAAUGAAAGAAUAAAGAUUUUGAAUGAUUAUUUCACAUAUAACAUUUACCGAAACGUUUGUAGAUCAUUAUUUGAAAAAGACAAACUGAUUUUUUCAUUUAUUUUAACAGUUGGAAUUUUUCGGUCUAAGGGUUUAAUUGAUGAUGAAUUAUUUACAUUAUUCCUUACCGAAGGAGUUGGAUUAACCAAUGAACACCCCAAUCCAGCUUCUAAGUGGUUAAGUGAUAAGUCAUGGGCUGAAACUGUUCGAGCAUCUCAAUCACCAAGAUUAAAUCAGUUUUAUAAAUCAAUUAUUGAUUCAAAUGAUGAGUGGAACGUAUGGUAUGAUUCAAAUAAUCCACAAGACACACCUAUUCCAGAGCCUUUUCAAAAUAUCGAUGGUCUUGAAAAACUUGUAAUUAUAAAGUGUAUUCGUUUUGAUAAGGUAGUUCCAGCUAUUCAGCAAUAUGUUGAAAGUAGUAUGGGUCAGAAAUAUGUCGAACCUCCRUCGUUUGACUUAGCGGAUUCCUUCAAAGAUUCAAACUGUUGUAGUCCACUGAUUUUUAUAUUAUCAGCGGGAACGGAUCCAAUGUCAAGUUUGAUAAAAUUUUCUGAAGACAAAAAUAUUAGGAAAACUGAUUUAAUAACCAUAUCUCUUGGCCAAGGACAAGGUCCAAUAGCCGCUAAUAUGAUAAAAUUGGGCAUAGAAACUGGUAAAUGGGUUGUGUUACAAAAUUGUCAUUUGGCUGUUAGCUGGAUGAAAGAACUUGAUCGCAUUUGUAAUGACGAAAUUAUACCCAGUCGUACACAUGCAUCUUUCCGUCUUUGGCUCACAAGUUAUCCAUCUGAUGAUUUCCCUGUUUCUAUUCUACAGAACGGAAUYAAAAUGAUAAACGAAGCUCCGAAAGGUCUUAGUGCAAAUUUAUUUCGCUCGUAUACAACUGACCCUAUUAAUGAUCCACAAUUCUACCUCAGUUGUAAGAACCGUAUUGGUUUGAAAACUUUAUUAUUUUCACUAUGUUUUUUCCAUGGAAUCGUUCAAGAGCGUCGAAAAUUUGGACCACUUGGUUGGAAUAUACCCUAUGAAUUUAACGAUUCGGAUUUACAAAUCAGUGUGAUGCAGUUAAAUAUGUUUUUAAAUGAUUAUGAAGAAAUUCCAUUUGAAGCAUUACUUUAUUUAAUUGGUGAAUGUAAUUAUGGUGGUCGAGUGACUGACGAUAAAGAUAGACGUUUAUUGGCAUCUCUAUUGUUAAUUUUUUUCAACUCAAAUGUUAUAAGCAACAAUUCCAUUUCCAACGAAAAUAAUAUAUUUAAUUUACACUUUUUUUCACAGGGCUUAUUUUUAGAAGGAGCUAGAUGGGAUCGAGAAUUACGAAUAUUAAAUGAGUCCUAUCCGAAAAUUCUUUUCGACACAGUUCCAAUCAUUUGCUUUAAGCCAGGAAUUAAAUCCAAGUUUGAGAAGAAAAUGUAUUACGACGCUCCUAUUUACAAGACAAGUGCUCGUCGAGGUGUUCUCUCUACCACAGGCCAUUCGACUAAUUUUGUGAUGUUUAUAAACCUUUUAAUUGAUAGACCUAAAUUUCAUUGGAUCAAUCGAGGUACCGCUUGCUUGUGUCAGUUGGACAAUUAA